ACUUCUCUGAUGACCCUGUAUGUCGUACAACUGGGAAGCAGUUCCAGUUGUGGGUUUAGGAUGAGAACGGAGCUCUGCAGACAUUGACACAUGGUGCUUCUUUUCUCUUCUUGUGCCCUUUCCGUGCUUAAGCAACUCGAAGCCAUUUGUGUGAAGGUAACGUCUGGAGAGCAGCAAGGCCGGGAGGGACCAAUGCCCCCGCUGGCUACUGUCCAGCCCCAAACAGCGAGACCGUGCCUGCCGCCCAGGGCCUCCAGCCUGGAGGGGCUCGGUGUGGCCAGCCCACAGCUGCUCAGGGUGCAGCCCCUCGUGAGAGCCGGGCAGCAGCCUCCUGCUCAGGUGUUCGUACAGAGACCCCUGCCCGCCCUCCAGCCAGUCCCUGGGAAGAGAGUCCCGGGUCCCCCGGCUCAGAAUGGACAAGGAGCCGGCUUGAUGCCUUCCUCGGCCUCCGACCCAUCAGCCAUGGCACCCGUGUCAGCCAGCCCGCCAAAUGUGGUGACUUCCAACUUGCUCACAAAACAUACGGAGAAGCUGAAAAAAUCUUUGAAAGUGAAAACACGGUCUGGACGGAUAUCUCGCCCUCCCAAGUAUAAAGCGAAAGAUUACAAAUUCAUAAAAACGGAGGACCUGGCGGACGGUCAUCCGUCCGAUUCCGAUGACUAUUCAGAGCUAAGUGUGGAAGAGGAGGAAGAGCAGAGGGAAAAGCAGGCGCCCUUCGACUUCCCCAGCGGCUUGCUGAGGCCCAAGGCGUUCGGGUGUGCGGCCUGCGGAAAGGCCUACAUAGGCAAGGGCGGCCUGGCCCGGCACUUUAAGCUGAAUCCAGGCCACGGCCAGCUGGACGCCAGCGCCAGUGUGGGCCCAGCCUCCCAGGCACCGUCCCUGCCAGCCACUACACCUGAGGAAGGGGACCUUCCCUGCCGUGCCCCAGGGACAGAGCCAGCACCGGGCAGCCUGCAGAAUGGUCAGUCAGUAGAAUUUGAAGAGGUGUUGACAGCUGAACCAGAAAAUAGAAGUUAUUCAGCUCCUUUGCGUUCAGAGAGGCAUCCGGGACCUAGAGGAAAUGGCUGUGCCGAGAGCCCUGCAGGGCCCAGCGUGGCCGUCCUCAGGCAGAGCAGAGCGGUCCUGGCUGGAGGCCCCGCGGCAGCAGGUGGACAGCGAGCCUUGAGGAACAAAGCCAGGCUCAAGCAGUUCCUUCAGCAGUGUCACCCGGAGGACCUAGUGGAGUUGGCUCUGCCUCAGCUGGCUCAGGCUGUGACCAUGUAUGAAUUUCUUCUGAUGAAGGUGGAAAAUGGUCGCCUGGCAAAGCCUUUGUUCCCAGCUGUGUAUAAGGAAUUUGAAGAGUUGCAUGAAAUGGUGAAGAAAAUGUGUCAGGAUUACCUCCUCCGUUCUGGCCCUUGUUCUCAGGAGCCCCUGGAAAUCAACAAUGCCAAGGUUGCUGAGUCUUUGGGAAUCACAGAAAAGCUCCUGAGGGCAAAAGGAAUACACACGAAGUGCACCCCACCCCCAGGCCUCUGCCAUGAGGCAGAGGGCACGUCACCGGAGGAAGCUAGCAGACUGAAGAGGGAAAACGAGGCCAUGGAGGAGGGGCUGGCCUCAGCGAAGAGGACCAGAAGAGGAGCUCUGCCUAAGGACACCAGUGGGUCUCUUGCUGCCGACAGCAGAGGCCGGGAGAAGCCCAGGCCCUCCUCUGCCCCCGCUGCCAGUGAUGGUGUCGUGCCAGGGCUCAGCAUGAAUGCCUCUCCCCAUUCUGAAGAAAGCCACGCGCUGCUGGUCUCCGACGGUGACAGCCACACGCUGUAUGCAGGCCAGCAGCUUAAGGCAUUUGCUGAUCUGGAAGCCAGGAGUGGGUCUGCCGGGCCAGUUCCCUCUACCCGGUCAGGGGCACCCAGCAGGCUGAGCCCAGCACAGAGGGCAGGGUUCCCUAGAGAAAAUGCUCUAGAACAUUCUUCCGACCAGGACUCUGUGGACAGUGUGAGCCUGGGAGACUGCGGCGCUCUGUCACCAGGUGGAGGGGCAGAGUCCCUACUGCAUGGUGUGUCUGCGAAGGAGGCUGGAGACCCAUGCAGGAUGCACGGCUCCCACCUGGACCACCUGCAGCCCAGCCCUUGCAACACCCCGAGAACUGAGAUCGUAGCCUCCCCACUUCAGGAAGUGGUGUCUGUGGAUAUCGUGCCAACAGACUAUGCCCACAGGACUGUGUCCCAGCCAGGGCCUCAGCCAGGCCCUGAGGGGUUAGCGACAGAACUGGGUCUCAGAAGCCAGGUGGGGGCCCUAAACCGGCUCCCACGUGGGGUGGAGGCUCACACUGGCCAAGGAAAAGUGGACAGCGUGGUUGCUGUAAGGGGAGCCACGGCUUUUGACAUCACCAAUGGGUGCCACGAAUUACUGUCUCAGGGACAGGAACAGGUAUUUGUUCAGACUUCCCAUGGGCUUGUCUUGUCCCACCCGGGUAUGCUAGUGUCUCAGGAGGAGGACAUCGUCAUAGUGACCAACACAGAGGAGCCUGCCCUGGGGAUGUGCCCACCGGAAGGGGCUCCUCUUGAAACUGUGGAGACAUUUCUCACCAUGGAGGCAGAGCCCUCCCAGCGAGAGUAAAACCGAGGUCUGAACUUGUCUGUUUAUUCAAAGAAGGUCUAUUUCAUGGAAUGUAUAUUUUUCUAAUGUGAUAACUGACACAAAUGAACCUUUAUUUAUCUUUA